GGUGGGCGGGUCCAGGGUGUGGGCGUGGUUAGGGGGGCUCCAGCGCCGCGAACCCAAAGGUCUUGACGCUGCGCGAGUGGGAUAGAGACUGAGUAACGAGACCGAGAAUUAUCAUGGCAACGAUGUUUAGGCGAAGCUACCGGGUCCUGAGAAGUCUUUCUCGUUUUGACUGGAGAUUACAACAUACAAAAGCUGCUCUACAACGUGAACCAGGAUUGGGAUUUAGUUUUGAGUUCACUGCACAGCAAAAAGAAUUUCAAGCUACUGCUCGUAAAUUUGCCAGGGAGGAAAUAAUCCCAGUGUCUGCAGAAUAUGAUAAAACGGGCGAGUACCCUGUGCCCCUUAUUAAAAGAGCCUGGGAGCUUGGUUUAAUGAAUACACACAUUCCAGAGAGGUGUGGAGGUCUUGGACUUGGAACUUUUGACUCCUGUUUAAUUACUGAAGAAUUGGCUUAUGGAUGUUCAGGGGUUCAGACUGCUAUUGAAGCAAAUUCUUUGGGGCAAAUACCUGUUAUUAUUGCUGGAAAUGAUGAACAGCAAAAGAAGUAUUUGGGGAGGCUGACUGAGGAGCCACUGAUGUGUGCCUACUGUGUAACAGAACCUGGAGCAGGCUCCGAUGUUGCUGGUAUAAAGACCAAAGCGGAAAAGAAAGGAGAUGAGUAUAUUAUUAAUGGUCAGAAGAUGUGGAUAACCAAUGGAGGAAAAGCUAAUUGGUAUGUUGUUUAAAACAUCUCUGUAUAUUGCUCUUUAAUUACUUUAUAUUCAGAAUCUCCUCUUUCUCCUUUCCUUUAUUCAACCACAUUAAGGUAAGUUUUAUUCAUGGAAGUAGAAGGCCCAUAAAAGAUUACACGUAGUUCAGAAUUAAAUAUGGGCCAGAGAUGUUCAGAUACAAGAGGAAUUGUAUUUGAAGAUGUAAAAGUGCCUAAAGAAAACGUUUUAAUUGGUGAGGGAGCUGGUUUCAAAAUUGCAAUGGGAGCUUUUGAUAAAACCAGACCUCCAGUAGCAGCUGGUGCUGUGGGACUAGCACAAAGAGCUUUGGAUGAAGCUACCAAGUAUGCCCUGGAGAGAAAAACUUUUGGAAAGCUCCUUGUAGAGCACCAAGGAAUAUCAUUUUUGCUGGCUGAAAUGGCAAUGAAAGUUGAACUAGCUAGAAUGAGUUACCAGAGAGCAGCCUGGGAGGUUGAUUCUGGUCGCCGAAAUACCUAUUAUGCCUCUAUUGCAAAGGCAUUUGCUGGAGAUAUCGCAAAUCAGUUAGCUACUGAUGCCGUGCAGAUUUUUGGAGGCAAUGGAUUUAAUACAGAAUAUCCUGUAGAAAAACUAAUGAGGGAUGCCAAAAUCUAUCAGAUUUAUGAAGGUACAGCACAAAUUCAAAGGCUUAUUAUAGCCCGUGAACACAUAGCCAGGUAUAAAAAUUAACGAGUUUGCUAUAUAAACAUGAUUAAUUGUUGAAUUAGAACACAAUCCACUAUUGAAUCUCCAGUAAAGAGAAAAAGGGCUUUAAGAUGUUUUUCAGUGGCAUUUUAAAAUCAGUACUUUUACACUAACCCUCUGAAACUUAUAGUAGUUUUCCACUUUUGUUUGACUCUCUGACUCACUUUUUUCAGGUUUCAUUUAAAAAGUAUUCAGAAUGUUCCAAAAUUUAUAUUGAGAAAAUAUUGUGGGAUUUGGAUGCCAUCAAAUAACAUGCCAGUGACUUUGUUGACUUAAUGGUAUUAUAUUAGAAGAAUUCAUUUAACUACAAAUUGGAAAUCAUUUGUUUUCAGCUUUAUACAAAUAUUAUCAAAAAUUUGAUGUUGGUAUUCUCCCAUUAUAUGACAACAUGAAAAUCUUGUUUAAUUCUGAACCCACAUUUCACUUGCCUUACAUAAAGCAAAUAAGUAAAAUUUGCCUUAAAUUAUUUUAUAUGACUAAUUGGUCUCUGGGUAGACUUUGGUCUAUUGUGCACAGUCUCAUUUUAUGUGCAUACAUUAUGAAAAGAAACUAAAAUAAAAUUGUUCAAUGCUUA